GGAGGACUUCCCCCUUGUGAGUGCCGAAGCCCUGCGCGCUGCAUUCCGGCGGAGCGCACAGGCACACACCGGCCGCAGCCCACCGUCCCGGGCCCGAAGACGUUUACACUCAAAGUAAAGACAGAGGAUCAAAAAAAGUUGCUCCGUGCCUGUUUUGUUUUCGGGGGUGUGUUUUUUUUUAAAUGUUUCAUUGUUGCCUAUUGUCGUGCUGUUGACACUUCGCUCUGGUUGUGGAAUGGUUUACGCUUCCUCUGAGAGCCGUCGGAGCUGUGAGAGAAGGUGCUGCCUGUCCGCUGUCUAAGACGGUUGGUGCAGCAUGGUGAUCAUGACAGAGAACAGCCGGGGGGCUCAGUCCAGCCCUGCCCAGGGAAGGCCACUGCAGGUCGGCUUCUACGAGAUCAUCCGCACCCUGGGGAAAGGCAACUUUGCAGUGGUGAAACUGGCCAAACACAAAGUCACCAAAACGCAGGUGGCCAUAAAGAUCAUCGAUAAGACCAGGCUGAAUCCCUCCAACCUGGAGAAAAUUUACAGAGAAGUGCAGAUUAUGAAGCUGCUAAACCACCCCCAUAUCAUCAAACUGUACCAGGUCAUGGAGACCAAAGACAUGCUGUACAUUGUGACGGAGUAUGCGAAGAACGGAGAGAUGUUCGACCACCUGACCUCAAAUGGUCGCAUGAGUGAAGAUGAGGCACGAAAGAAGUUCUGGCAGAUCCUUACGGCAGUGGACUACUGCCACCGACACCACAUCGUUCACCGUGACCUAAAAACCGAGAACCUGUUGCUGGAUGCCAACAUGAAUAUAAAACUGGCCGACUUUGGAUUCGGAAACUUCUACAAUGCAGGGGAGCCUCUGUCCACGUGGUGUGGCAGCCCGCCUUACGCUGCCCCUGAAGUGUUUGAAGGGAAAGAGUAUGAGGGGCCUCAGCUCGACAUUUGGAGUCUCGGUGUGGUACUUUAUGUUCUUGUCUGCGGCUCUCUUCCGUUCGACGGAGCCAGUCUGCCUGCACUCCGACAGAGAGUCACAGAGGGACGAUUCCGAAUCCCUUUCUUCAUGUCCCAAGACUGUGAAAACCUGAUCCGCAAGAUGCUGGUGGUGGACCCAACCAAGAGGAUCAGUAUGGCCCAGAUCAAGCAGCACCGCUGGAUGCUGGCAGACCCAACAGCUGCCCACGAGACCCUCAGCCCUUCGCUCACAGAGUACAACUCUAACCUGGGCGACUACAGCGAACCCGUGCUGGGCAUCAUGAACACUCUGGGCAUCGACCGCCAAAGGACUAUUGAGUCUCUGCAGAGCAGCAGCUACAAUCACUUCUCUGCUAUCUACUAUCUGCUGCUGGAGAGAUUGAGAGAGCAUCGCACCCAGCAACUUAGCCGCCAGUGUGGAACCUGGAGCCAGAGACCCAGGAGCACCUCCGACUCCACUGGCCCAGAGGUGAUAAUGGAGUCCGCCGACAAUUAUAGAACCGCAGCAUUUUCAAUUCCAGCCAAAAGUACCCCUCUUGUGUACCCAGAGAUGGAGUGUGAUCAGGGUGGAUUGUUCCAGCGCGUGGUGUUUCCAGUGGAGGCCAGCUUCAACAGAUUGCUCUGGAAUCGCUCCAUUUCACCCAAUAGCCUGCUGGAGACGAGCAUCAGCGAAGAGGUGCGACCCAGAGACCUGGAGGAGGAGGAGGCAUCGCAAACUCUCGGGCCCCUGCUCCCUCCCACCACCACCUCCCGCAGACACACUCUGGCCGAGGUGUCCGCCCGUUUCCACCAGUGCAACCCUCCAUGUAUCGUGGUCAGUCCUUCCGACGGUGCCUCCUCUGACAGCUGUCUGAAAUCCUCAUCCAGUCCCACCCCGACUUUGCCGGCUGCUAUGGGCGAGAUGUCAACACCUCUGGCCUCUGGGGCAGAUGGUGGAGCUCUGCUGCCAGCUGGAGCUCCACUGGCCCUCUCCUCCCACCUCCUUCCCCAGGCCCAGGGCAGCCUGCCCUCUGCCAGCUUCCAAGAGGGUCGCAGAGCCUCCGACACCUCCCUAACACAAGGGCUCAAAGCUUUCCGCCAGCAGCUGAGGAAAAACACACGCACUAAAGGGCUUCUGGGAUUAAAUAAGAUCAAGGGUCUGACAAGGCAGGUUGUCCCUCCCCUCUCCUGUAACCGCGGCAGCCGAGGUUCCCUGGGUCCAGCCCUCCCCGAGCACCGCAGCAUGCUGGAGGAGGUGCUGCACCAGCAAAGGAUGCUGCAGAUCCAACACCAGCCUCAGCCGCAGGUCCAAGCUGCUCAGACAGGACCUACCCAGAAUGCCCUGCUCUUUCUGGCCCAGCACCAGUCACCAUCUCCUCCGCCUACGACCGUGUUCGCUUCUUCCUCCAUGUUUGACGCCCCCACCCCCUCCGUCCUGCCUCUUCAGCAAGCGCCGGUGGGUGUACAGCACGGCCCCUGGCAACAAACCCGCGGGACUUCGUCCUCUGGCUGCUGCUCCUCAUCGUCGUCGUCAUCGUGCUACUCCUCAUCCCUGUCCCCCGUGGCCUCCGCUGCUUACCUUCUGGAGGCUCGCCUGCACAUCAGCCAGCAGCCCCACCCUUACUCACACUCUGGCCUCCAGCAGCAGCCUCAGUCUGCGACACACGGCACCUUCCCCGUCCUGCCCAAACCGGCGAUGUGGAGCCUGGGUGUGGCCUCCGGCACGGAUCCUAACAUGCAGGAGUUGGGACUGGCUGGGCAGCAGCAGCAGCAGCUCAGUAGCUGUGUGAUGGUGAAGUAGAACAUCGGCCAUGUUCUCGGCCAACGAUUGCUCUCUCUGUGAAAGAAGCAAAAAUGACUUGAUUUUGAGCCCAGACAAAAACAGAGAAAAGAACAAGAGAACAGAAGGAAAAAAGAAUGAAAAAACAUACACUUUAUUUAACAACAUGGGGUACCCAUGUUGUACACGUGUGUAUGUUGUGUUUAUGGUUUUGAUAUCAUAUAAGCUAAAGACUAAGCAAUAACCAAACUCUGGAUGAGGCGUUGAAUCCGUAUCAGACUGCCAGAGAAGCAAUAAUAGACUGAAAGACUCUCAUCCAGCCCCCUGAUGGACUCACUUGAAUGAAAUGAGUGCUGAAGAUAGCCGACACGGUUAUGUCCGACAUGUUCUGAUGCUGUCUAAGUUAACGUUUGAAUUUACCUGAAAAAAGAAAUGCUCCAUCUUCCUCAUUCUUUUUUUAGCUGUACUGUUGUUUCAGUUCCUCUUCUUGAUGUUUUUCACUUGACUGGACAGAAGACCAAAAUUCUUUCUUUUCCUUUUCUCCCACUUUGUUCGCCUUUCUAAUGACACAGUUCUCCGUAGCAGUGCAAUGAACAUGCAUUUUAAUGCCCUGAGCUUACAAACAUUCACUGAAGGGGUCAAUUUUGGUUUGUAUUGAAACUGUGAUAUUUUUUUGUUUUUUCUGUGCAGGAUUAUUAUAGCUACCCAAAUGCUGCUUUUACCUCAAGCUUCAAAAAGACUGCUGCUUCCUCAUCAGCCAAAACUAAAGGAGGAGAGUGUCUCGCUGAUUGAGUAAAGCACAAUAGGUACAUCAGUCAGGCAGAGAGGGCCUCGCCUACAGUACGUGGAUACAUCCACCUGUAUUUCCUUCAUUUGAUCAGCACCUGCUUGUUAGAUGCUUUUACCACCUCCUCGGGCAGAAAAUUGGAAACAGAGAAACCUGUAAGACAUUUCUCAAUCACAGAUUACCGAGGAAUGACUUUCCGCCCGGACAAAGACAAAGACUGUGGGAACAGUGCAAUAUUUCACAUUGAAAUACAAAGGAAAGACAAGAAAAAAAUGUACACGAUUUCUAAUUUGUCUGUUUGACCUUUCUGUGCUAGAAACGGUACGAGUUACGUAACAUGAUAACAUGACACUGUGUAGAAAUUGAGAGAGGAAAGACUGAGGCAUUUCAAAAUGCUGUUUCUUCACACGGCAUUCUAGUAGUUCUCAAACUGAAAUGGUUUUGACCAAAGAGGGAACAGCACAAGAGAUGGGUGAUCGUUCAAUCACAGAUACACUACUGACAUUUUUCACUUUGAAUGCUGUCUCAUAAAUGUAGCAUGGUGGUGAGCUGGCUUUUUCACAGGAUCUCCUUAGAGAAAAAUCUCCCGUUGCCACCAAAGCUUAAUGCUACACGCGUUGUUAGGAUCUCUAGCUGUUACUGUCAGGACCGCGGUGGUAUUCAUUUUUGUACUUUUCUAGAAAAGAGGAAGAAGAAGACGAGAAAAAAAAAAUCAGAACACAGCAAUACCACUUCCUUCGGGCGCCCAUACGUGGCGUAGAGAUAUUGGUACAAAUGACCCGUAACAACCAGAGUUAUUCUGUGCAUGUGAAGUAUUAGAAAGAGAUGUUGUGAUGUCGGAGGUUCAUUUGGUUCUCUCAUAUCUGUGAACAUCUUGUUGAGAAGCUCCAUGUUGGAAAGAUGCCAGUGUUCAUAUUUUUACCCAACAAGUUUGUAGUCGAUUGCACUCAUUGGCAACACCGGUGCCUUUCUCCGAACAAACCCACAAUCAGAGGUGUCCGUCUCUGAUCACUACACUGAAGAAACUCAAAUGGAUGCCUCUGUUACAGGCUGUUCACUCUGUUACAAAAGCCCCUUUUGAUACAGUAGCUUAUUUAACCUUUUGAGCUUGCUGUGUAAACAGAGGCAAGAAUUGCACUUUAUUCAUAUUUCUUAUUGCCGAUUUGUUUUGUGUUUUGUUUUUUUUCAUGAUGAAAACUAUUUCACAAAACUCUCUGAAACACUUAGACUCUCGAUGCAAAUCUGUAAAAUGACCCUUUUGAUAAACUUUGGAUAAUAAUAAGUAUUUCAUGUUUUGUUUUUUUCUUUGUUAUCCUUUUGUUAUUUGUUACUUGACUGUGUGUGCAUGUGCGAGUGCGUGGAGGUAAGGAACAGACAGAAAUGAAAGGAGAAUGCUUGUUCAUGAAAGAUUGUUUAUUUAUGUUGCUAUUUAUUUAAAUAAAGUUCACUUCCUAAA